UAAUAAUGGAGCCAUCAACGCGGAGAACAACAAUGGCGCCGCCCAGCAGCUGGCCGCCGUGGCUGCUGCUGCUUCUUCUUCUCUGCCUCGCCGCCGGCGGCAUACUUCAAUCUGACGCCCAGCCUGACAGCAAAGGUUUCAUAAGCAUAGAUUGUGGGUACACGGGAACAAGCUACGUGGAUGACUCCACGACGCUAUCCUACUCCCCUGAUGCUGGCUUCAACGACGCCGGCACCAACCACAACAUCUCCGGCGAGUACAACCGGCCACUACUCUCGCGGCGCUCCCAAAACCUGCGGAGCUUCCCUGACGGCACCCGCAACUGCUACACGCUCCGCUCCCUGGUGUCCGGGCUCAAGUACCUCAUCCGCGCCACCUUCUUCUACGGCAACUAUGACGGCCUCAACCAGCCACCCGUGUCGUUCGACCUCUACAUCGGCGUCAACUUCUGGGCGUCGCCGAACAUGUCGUCAUGGUCGGACCCGACAGGCGGCCUCGUGACGGCAGAGGCCAUUGUCGUCGUUCCAGAUGACUUCGUGCAGGUGUGCCUGGUGAACACCGGUGCCGGGACACCGUUCAUCUCUGGGUUGGACCUGAGGCCGCUCAAGAGGACGCUCUACCCGCAGGCCACGGCGGCGCAGGGGCUGGUGAUGUUUGGCAGGCUCAACGCCGCCCCGACUAACAAAACAUACAUUGCGAGGUAUCCCGAUGACCCACAUGACCGGAUAUGGUACCCAUGGUACGACGCCGAGAAAUGGGCCGAGAUGUCGACGACUGAGAGGGUACAAAACAUUGAAAACGACCUCUUUGAGGCACCGUCGGCAGUGAUGCAGACGGCGAUCACACCACGGAACGCCUCCAAUAACAUCGAGUUCUACUGGGACGCGAAGCCCAAGCCCAACGACCCGUUGCCAGGGUACAUCGCCAUCAUGUACUUCACCGAGCUGCAACUCCUCAACGGCAACGAUGUGCGCCAGUUCUACGUCAACCUCAAUGGCAAUCCCUGGUUCCCAGCGGGCGUCACGCCGCAAUACCUCUCCAAUAGUGCCACCUAUAAUAGCUCCCCCUCCCGUCUCAACCGCUACAACAUCUCCAUCAACGCCACCUCCAACUCAACUCUGCCGCCCAUCCUCAACGCCGUCGAGGUGUUCUCCGUCAUCCCCACCACCAACAUCGGAACUGACUCGCAGGAUGCAUCUGCCUCCAUGUCGAUCAAGGCCAAGUAUCAGGUGCAGAAGAACUGGAUGGGCGACCCAUGCCUUCCCAAGAAUAUGGCGUGGGAUAGGUUGACUUGCAGCUACGCCAUUGACAAUCCUUCAAGGAUCACAAGCAUAAACAUGUCAUCCAGUGGUCUAACCGGUGAUAUAUCGUCUUCUUUUGCGAAGCUCAAGGCCCUCCUAUACUUGGAUCUGUCAAACAAUAGCUUGACAGGCUCAAUUCCAGAUGCUCUUUCGCAGUUACCUUCGGUGACAGUUAUAGAUUUGUCUGGCAACCAGCUGAGUGGAUCGAUUCCCCCUGGGCUUCUAAAAAGAAUUGAAGAUGGCUCUCUGGAUCUAAGACAUGGCAACAAUCCAGACCUUUGCACAGGCAGCAACUCAUGCCAUCUGGCCGCUAAAAUGAAGAACAAAGUGGCCAUCUACGUUGCUGUCCCUAUCCUUGUCAUUCUAGUGAUAGUAUCAGCGGCAAUAUUAGUCUUUUUCUUGCUAAGACGCCGAAAUCAGCAGCAAGGAUCAAUGAACAACAUGACCGCGGUAAAGCCGCAGGACCUGGAGGCGAUGUCGACGGCAAGCUAUGGCGGCGGUGACGAUGAUUCACUGAGGAUAGUCGACAACCGGCGGUUCACGUACAAGGAGCUCGAGAUGAUAACCAAUGGCUUCCAGCGGAUGCUCGGCCAGGGAGGGUUCGGCCGUGUAUAUGAUGGCUUCCUGGAAGAUGGUACUCAGGUUGCGGUGAAGCUGCGAUCUCAUGCUUCCAGUCAAGGCGUCAAGGAGUUCCUCGCAGAGGCUCGGGUCUUAACCCGUAUUCACCACAAGAAUCUUGUGUCGAUGAUUGGGUACUGCAAGGAUGGGGAGUAUAUGGCACUCGUCUAUGAGUACAUGGCACAAGGAACCCUACGGGAGCAUAUUGCAGGAACUGAUCGCAACAGAGCGUGUUUACCUUGGAGACAGAGACUUCAAAUCGCACUUGAAUCUGCGCAAGGGUUGGAAUACUUACACAGAGGAUGCAACCCGCCUCUCAUCCAUAGAGAUGUCAAGGCCACCAACAUCCUGUUGAAUGCCAGACUAGAGGCCAAGAUCGCUGAUUUUGGCUUAUCGAGAGCCUUCAACCAUGACACCGACCCUAUUCCCACAAAUACGCUCGUUGGCACCCCCGGAUACGUGGAUCCGGAGUACCAGGCGACGAUGCAGCCAACGACCAAGAGCGACGUGUACAGCUUUGGCGUGGUGCUGUUAGAGCUGGUCACGGGGAUGCCGGCCGUCCUUUCAGAUCCUGAGCCUACAAGCAUCAUCCACUGGGCACGACAGCGGCUGGCGCGGGGCAACAUCGAGGGCGUGGUCGAUGCGUGCAUGCGUGGGGCUUACGACGUCAACUGUGUGUGGAAGGUGGCGGAGAUCGCCCUCGAGUGCACCACUCAGGCAUCAGCGCAACGGCCUACCAUGGCUGACGUGGUGGCGCAGCUACAGGAGUGCAUAGAACUCGAGAAGGACCGUGCCGCCGGAUUCUACACCGGCGGCAGCAGCAGCAGUGUCGAUGACCCGAGUUGGAGUUACGGUGGUUACGCCAGUGGGCAAUUCACUUACGUGAGCAACAGCACUGCAUUUGAGAUGGAGCGGAGGGUGCCAACAGUGGUCACUGGUCCGGCUGCACGUUGAAGACUCCCCCCAUCUAAACUGGCUGUCUAUAAUUGUCCUUGUUUAAGUCUCUAUGGGCUUCUAAAACAUGCCGUUACGUAUUUACAUACAUCAUGAGGUAGCAUGCUAAUGACAUGAUAAAUGUGCUUAUAAGAUGGGCACUCUAGAAGAGGAAAGAAAUGAUUUUGAACCCAAGGAAGCAAAAUG